UGUCUCUCUCUCUCCCCCAUAUCGUCUAACUUCUCCGACGAUCUCCAGUGCAAACCACUGUCCGGAAAGCGCGGAGACGCCUGAGAUUCACGGCAAUGGCGUCAUUUCACCAUACUCUAACCUAUUGGCUCGUCAACCAUCCCAACAUCGCCAAUUUCACGUGGACCCACGGUGAAACCCUCGGCUCCACCAUCUUCUUCGUCUCCGUCGUAGUCUCCGUUUACCUUACCGCCACAUUACUUCUCAGAUCCGCCAUCGACUCGCUCCCUUUGCUAGGUCCUCGAAUUCUCAAACCAAUCACAGCCGUCCACAACCUUAUCCUCUGCCUCCUCUCCUUAAUCAUGGCCGUCGGCUGCACUCUCUCUAUGAUCUCACACCCGACGCCUGCGCGUUUCUUCGACGUGAUUUGUUUUCCCGUCCAUGUGAAGCCCAACGGGCCUCUCUUCUUCUGGGCUCAAGUCUUCUACCUCUCGAAGAUCCUCGAGUUCGGAGACACGAUCCUCAUCGUACUAGGCAAAUCUAUCCAACGGCUGUCUUUCCUCCACGUGUACCACCACGCCACGGUUGUUGUUAUGUGUUACCUCUGGCUUCGAACCCGCCAGUCUAUGUUUCCGGUUGCGCUCGUGACGAAUUCGACUGUCCAUGUUAUUAUGUAUGGUUAUUACUUCCUCUGUGCUGUUGGAUCGAAGCCGAAGUGGAAGAGGUUGGUGACGGACUGUCAGAUUGUGCAGUUUGUUUUCAGCUUCGGGUUAUCUGGUUGGAUGCUCCGAGAGCAUUUAUUCGGGUCAGGUUGCUCUGGGAUUUGGGCGUGGUGCUUCAACGCAGCGUUUAAUGCUUCUCUUUUGGCUCUGUUUUUCAACUUCCAUUCCAAGAAUUAUGCCAAAAAGACAAGAGAGGAGGCGACAAAAACCGAUUAGAUUUGUUGUCUUAAAUUGUUGAAUGUUCUUGGAGUUGUAUUUGUUACAAAUAGUUUGAAAUUGUUUACUACAAAUAAGAUAGAAAAACGAUAAUAAAUCUUGAAAUAGCUUUUUAUUUAUCG